CGCUCCAGCCCUGAAGACGGAGAUCUCUCUGCUGGAGAGAAGGAGAAGGAGACAGAACAGACACAGCUCUAGGCUGCAGGCAGGGACAGCCUUAGUCUGGAGCCCAACAGGGACACCUCCAGGGGCUGCUGUUGGGCUCUAGACAGGGAAGACACAGCUCAGGAGGGGAAGGUAGAAAUUCCUGGCAAAGAGAGGUGCUCACACACAGUGGGCAGCACAGACUGAUGGAGAGCCCCUCAGAAGCUCCCCACAGUGGGGGCAGCUCCUGGAAGCAGCUCCUGAUCACAGCCUCCAUCCUCAGCUGCUGGAUCCAGCCAACAUCUCCUGUCACUAUUGUGCCAAACCCACCCCAUGGAACAGUGGGUGGCAAUGUCACCUUGACCAUCCAGGGGUUCUCAGAGCAGGCUCUCAGCUAUAAUUGGUACAGAAAGACAACACAAAACUCCAACAAUAUCGUUAGCUACAGUGUCUCUUCUGGAGUGCAGAGACCAGCAGAUAUCCGGGAGAAGGUGCUCCCCAAUGGCUUCCUGCUCAUCCCCAACCUCACCCUCAGUGAUAAUGAUGACUACAUUGUACAAAUUGUUGAUUCUAAUGGUGUGAUAGGUGCAAUAGCAAAAGGACAAUUAGAGGUGCAUGAGAAACUGGCCAAACCUAAUAUCUCUGUCAACAGCACCAAUAUCAGAGAGAAUGACUCUGUGGUCUUGACAUGUAGCACAGAAAAUAAUAGGGUUGACAUUCAGUGGUUCUACAAUGACCAGCCCCUGUCACUAGAUGAGAGGAUGGACACAUUCAAGAAUAAGAAGACCAUCACCAUUAAGAAUGUGAAGAGGGGGAACAUGGGGUCCUAUCAAUGUAAAGUCUUGAAUCCAAUCAGUAGCAAUACAAGUGAUCCUCUCAACUUGAUUGUGAACUAUGGACCAGAACACAUAAAGAUUCUUCCAAGCCCUGAAAGUGAGGAGAUUAAAGUCCAGUUCAAGGACUCACUGAUCUUAGAGUGUCAGACUCAGUCUUACCCAUCUGCUCAUUAUCAAUGGCAUUUCAAUGACUCUUUUCAUCCUGUACACUCAGGAAAUACCUACACCAUCACCUAUGCAUCUUGGAACCAUUCAGGAAAGUACACAUGCUGGGCAAAGAACAAUGUGACCAACUUAUCCAUCUUUAAGAACAUCACAAUCAAGGUGGUUGGAGCUAGCACCAUAUCCCUGCUGGUGUCCAAGCCCUGUAAGCCAGGAGGCAUGAGUACAAGACUUGGCACCAGAAUCUUGGGAGGAGGGAGUGGCUCCUCACUCUCUGGAGGGGCCAUUGCUGGCAUUCUGAUUGUAGUCUUCACUGGAGUGGCUCUCAUUGGGGUCCUCAUCUACUUGCUGUUCUUUAGGGAGACUGGAAAGUCAGAGCUGGCGAUAGCUCACCUAACAGGCUGGUCCACACUACAGCUCUCCAUUCCUAAUGUUUCUCUGAAGCACUCUGGAACCUAUACCUGUAAUGCAUCUAACUCAGUCAGUGGCUUAUUUACUACCAAAAAUAUUAACCUCACUGUCUAUGAGAAUCUUGCCAAACCUAACAUUUCUGUCAAAGGCACCAACAUCAGAGAGAAUGAUUCUUUGGUCCUGACAUGUAGCACUAAAAAUGAGGGGCUAAGCAUUCUGUGGUUCUUCAAUAACAAGCCCCUGUCACUCAAUGAGAGGAUGAAUAGAUCUGAGAAUAACCAGACCCUCACCAUCAGGAGUGUGAAAAGGAAGGAUACUGGGUCCUAUCAGUGUGAAGUCUGGAAUCACAUAAUUACCAAAAGAAGUGACCCCCUCAAAGUAACCGUGAACUAUGGACCUGACCACAUCAAGAUUCUUCCAAACUCUGAGAGUGAGGAGAUUAAGGUCAAAUUCAAUGACUCACUGACCUUAGAGUGUCAGGCUCUAUCUUAUCCCCCUGCCAAGUAUGAAUGGCAUAUCAAUGACAAUAUGGAGUUUAAACCCUCAGGAAACACUUACAAAAUCACCAGUGCAUCUUGGGAACAUUCAGGAAAGUAUACAUGUUUGGCAAGGAACAGCAUGACCAACUUAUCCAUCUCUAAGGAUAUCACAAUCAAGGUGGUUGGCAUGUCUCCAGGAAGAGGUAAUGGCCCCUCACUCUUUGGAGGGGCCAUUGCUGCCAUUGUGAUUGGUGUCCUAGCUGGAGUGGCUCUCAUCGGGACUCUCAUCUAUUUCCUGUUUUUCAGAAAGAGUGGAAGGUAG